CUCAAAGAAACUACUUUCAAUCUAUAUAUCUUCUUCGGUCUUUUUUUUUUUUUUUUUAACCUUGGCUUUAAUCUUGUAACUAACAAAAACAAUGUCAAAUCGUCUUCAAGGGCACUUAACUACAAAACCAGUUUUAACCAAAGAGCAAGAAGUAGACGAGAAAAUGGUGAGCCUGCAAGCGGAGAGUAUCGUCAACACCAUGGCUUUUCCAAUGGUUCUCAAAGCAGCCUUGGAACUUGGCGUCAUUGACACAGUCGCUGAAGCAGGCAACGGCGCAUGGCUCUCACCGUUUGAGAUAUCUCGUAGUCUCCCAACCAAACCCACCAACCCGGAGGCGCCAGUGUUGCUGGACCGGAUGCUACGUUUACUCGCCAGCCACUCGAUUUUGAAGUGCCGUAUGAUUGAAAGUAAAGAAAACGGUCGAACCGGAAAGAUGGAGAGGGUAUAUGCAGCUGAAGAUGUUUGCAAGUAUUUCUUGAAAGACAGUGACGGUUCUGGUUCUUUUGCAUCUCUGGUUAUGUUGUUCCAGAGCGAAGUGUUUUUCAAGACUUGGACAAAUCUUAAAGAUGUGAUACUAGAAGGAAGAGAUGCAUUCAGAUCUGCCCAUGGCAUGCCACUUUUUGAAUACAUUAAUUCAGAUGGACAAUUUGCUAAAGUGUUUGAUCGUGCCAUGUCAGAACCUUCCACCAUGGUUAUGAAAAAAGUUCUAGAAGUUUACAGAGGAUUUGAAGAUGUUAACACUUUGGUGGAUGUUGGAGGAGGAUGUGGCACUACAUUAGGUCUACUCACUUCCAAGUACCCUCAUAUUAAGGGUGUUAAUUUCGACUUACCUGAGGUUUUAACUAAUGCUCCGUUUUAUCCAGGAGUGGAGCAUGUCUCUGGAGACAUGUUUAUAGAAGUCCCAAAAGGAGACGCAGUCCUUAUGAAAUUGAUACUACAUGAUUGGACGGACGAACAUUGCAUAAAGCUUCUAAAAAAUUGUUGGAAGAGUCUACCGGAAAAAGGGAAAGUGAUCAUUGUAGAUAUGAUAACACCAACAGAACCAAAGGGCAAUGACCUUUUCUCUAACACUGUGUUUGCUAUGGAUAUGUUGAUGCUAACACAAUGUUCGGGUGGUAAGGAGAGAUCAUUUUCGCAGUUGGAGAAUUUAGCAUAUUGUUCAGGUUUCCUUCGAUGUGAAAUUAUUUGCCUUGCCUAUUCAUAUUCUGUUAUCGAAUUCCACAAGUAGAUUCUGAAACUACAAAAACAAAAUAAUGAUUGGUUCGAUGAAUGUGAAAUCACAGGAUAAUUAUCUGGUUACAUAUAUAUCUAUAUGUAAAAUGUAGCUUAUUUUAAUGAUGUUAUUGCAUGUAAUAUAUUUUUAUGGUGUCGGCUUGCUUUAA